GGGGGCACUAUUUUCAUAGAGCCACCUCCUAAGAGUAAUUGCACUUUGAAUACUACAAAAUAGUUGUUUUGAUAACUACAGAAGAAACUUUCUAUUGACAGAGUUUUCAGCUCUUUAGAAAUAUACUUGUCUGGUCUUAAAUUAGUGCCCUCGAAGGACAGCUCUUAAUUAAUUUGUUCCUUGUAUUGGCUUUGCUGCUUCUUCUUACACAGUCUCCUUGGGAGCAACAAGCUCAAUAAGGAGUUAAUUCUUUAGUUUACCCAAAUGUGGAAUUCUUUUUAGCUAUUCUUUAAGAACCUUCAGCCCCACUAUACGCAGCAUUUACAUUGAGUGCGACCUUUUUGUGAUAAAAAAUGUUCGUGCUACCAGUAAAACAGUAUUCUUCACUGCCAGAGGACUUGUAGCACUGGAAGUUGAACAGGCACAGCAGUUUUGUUAGAAGGAAAGCAGGCAAUCUUAGUGAAAAGAGGAUAUGAGAAGGGCAGGGCCAGGAAAUAUAACUAUAUAUGUUUGUGCAAUGCUGAGAGUUUAAAUAAAGGGAAGUCAGAAGAGCCACUAAAUAGGAGUGCCAAUACCUUCUCUCGGAAGCUAUCAGCACUGCUGCAGGUUAUUGACACAGAUUACAUAAAAUUUUGCUGUGAGCACUGGUACUUUUGCUGUACCUCUUUCUGUGACGAAUUUCAUUUCCCUUUUUCAUUUCCCUCUUUAUUCCUGGCCUGAUCCCCAUCUUGCUUCCUCUUUGUUAUUCUCAGUUUUGCAGGCUUGUGAUAAGGAUCCCUUGCUAGUGCUGCUAUUGCUUCUCACAUCACUUCAGUCCCCACUGAUGCUUCAUUUGGCCAGGACUGUCUUCUGUCUCAUUUGCUUUUGCAGUUGAUGGGUGAGCACUCUGCUCUCUGGCUCCUUUUAAUUCCUGACAGUCUGUUUUCUGUCCUCUUCGCUUGGUUGAAGCUGUUCUCCUCAAAGAGACUAACUGAAUUUCCUCUACAGUAUCAUUGGCAGCCUCUUGAGUAAACCUUUGUUUUUUUCUUUUUCCCUUCAGGAACAAGAAGUCCAUUCUGUUCCCAGAUACGAAGCUUUGCCCCAUAUGUGUCUCUCAUUGUCUCCUCAUACCAGGCUCCUGCUUGGCCGAGGCUCCGUAAUGUGAAGGACAGAUCGCCUGUUCCCUUGAGGCUAACCCCAAGCUGACUCCUCACUACGGACGGCCAGUUUGUCAAAGAUGAGGCUAGACGGAGCAGCUUUUUGCUAUCUCAACUAUGGAAGGCCAGCUUUGUGCUAACGUGGAGAUUUCUCUGGAAAAACCUCCAGGAACAAGCCCUCCGUCCUUCAUUGCUUUGCUGAAGAUAUACCGAGAGCUGCUGGUCAGUAAAAUCCGAAACACGCAGUGUUUGAUUGACAACUUGAUUAACAAUGAGUACUUCUCCACCGAGGACGCUGAGAUUGUUGUUCAAUUUCCAACUCAAGCAGAUAAGGUUCGCAAAAUCCUAGACUUGGUUCAAAGCAAGGGAGAAGAAGUUUCAGAAUAUUUCAUCCGUGUCCUACAGAAAGUCACUGAUGCUUACUAUGAACUUCAGCCUUGGCUGGAUGAAAUAGGUUACGAGCCUUCAGAGAAUAUUUGUAGCAGACCAGUGGUAAAUACAGAUCCAGUUAGCAGGUAUUGCCAGAAACUCAGAUAUGAGCUGGGACGAGACUCCAAGUUUGUUAUGUCUUAUGCUCAGAGAGAAGAGAUGCUGCUUGAAGAAACUUACUCUAACAGUAUUAUGGAGCUGGUCAAUUUCACCAAUGAGAGCCUAGGGGAAGUGUGUCAAUUAGAAGCCCUUUUUGAUGAUGCAGUUGGGCUAAUUAAUGAAGAUGGAGAGACUAUUUAUGUCUUCGGUGAUGCAGGAAUUGGAAAAUCUAUCUUGCUGCAGAAGAUACAAAGCCUGUGGGCCAGGAAACAGUUGGAUAUAGGGGCCAAAUUUUUCUUCCGUUUCCGAUGUAGAAUGUUUAGUUGCUUUAAGGAAGAUGAAGCCGUAUGUUUGAAAGAUUUGCUCUUCAAAUAUAAUUGCUACCCAGACCAGGACCCCGCGGAGGUGUUCCAUCACAUCUUGCAGUUCCCUCAGACGGUUCUUUUCACGUUUGAUGGCUUUGAUGAGAUCUAUUCCAACUUUGAUCUCAGUAGUGUUCCUGAGAUGUGUUCACCCGAUGAACCCAUCCACCCCCUGGUGCUGCUGGUAAGCCUACUCAGAGGAAAGCUUCUUAAGGGAUCCAAGAAAAUUCUUACGGCACGGACGGGAACUGAGAUCCAAAGAAACAUCAUUAGAAAGAAAGUGUUGCUCCGUGGGUUCUCCAGCAGUAACCUGAAGGAAUACACUGCCAUGUUUUUCAAAGAUGAGGGGCAACGAACACUGGUAUUGAACCAGCUGGAAGCUAACCCCAAUCUCUGCAGUUUGUGCUCAGUGCCUUUAUUUUGUUGGAUUAUCUUUAAAUGCUAUGAACACUUCCAUUCCAUGUAUGACAGCCACGAACUUCCCGACUGUUCUGUUACAUUGACAGAUGUGUUUCUGCUAAUGAUUGAAGUCCACCUGAACCGGUCCCUGAAAACAAGUUUGCUGAAGAACAACACCAGGAGUCAAGCAGAGAUGUUCAAAGCAAGAAAGGAAACUCUGCUAGCCUUGGGUAAAAUCGCAUACAGAGGGAUGGGGAACUCCUUCUUUAUCUUUGAGCAGGAGGAGGUCACGGCAGCAAACAUCUCUGAAGAAGAUUUGCAAUUGGGUUUUCUCAGGACAGUUAAAGGUUAUACUGGCAUUGACAGUCAGUCCACUUACGAGUUCUUGCACUUAACCCUUCAGUCUUUUUUCACAGCUUUGUUCCUGGUUAUUGAAGAGAGAGUGGGCACCAAGGAGUUACUUCAGUUUUUCAAUGAAUGCUCUUCCAUUGAGACUGCCCAGCCUACUUGUCUUCAUAUUCCUUGGUUGAAGAAACACCUGGCAGGGGAGGAUCCUUUCCGAAACAACGAACACUUCCAUUUUACCAACCUUUUUCUUUGUGGCCUGCUUUCCAGAUCCAAGCAGAAGCUCUUCAGGCAUUUAGUUUUGCCUGCAGUCAUUAAGAGGAAGAGAAAGACCCUCAUCACAUACCUUGGGGAGAGCAUGAAAUCCCACCUGAAGGGCCUCACUCGGUCCAGGCUCCUAAACUACAAUCAGAUCCAGGUCCAGCCAAACUUUGUUUGGAUGCUGAGGUGCCUUUAUGAGACUCAAAGCGAGAAAGUGGGGAAGCUGGCUGCCAAACGCAUGCACGCCAAUUACAUCAAGCUGACAUACUGCAAUGCCUACUCCGCUGACUGCAGUGCCAUUUCCUUCGUCGUGCACCACUUCCAAAAGCGCCUGGCUCUGGAUUUGGACAACAACAACAUCAAUGACUAUGGAAUAAAACAGCUGCUGCCAUGUUUCAGCAAGCUUGCCGUGAUCAGGCUCAGCGUAAAUCAAAUCACAGAUCAUGGAGUAAGGAUAUUAUAUGAAGAACUCUCCAAGUACAAAAUUGUGACUUUCUUGGGUUUAUACAACAAUCAAAUCACUGAUGUUGGAGCCAAAUAUGUUGCGAAACUCAUUGAAGAAUGCUCAAGCCUUGAAUAUGUUAAAAUAGGAGCAAACAAAAUAACUAGUGAAGGAGGGAAGUGCCUCGCCCAGGCCAUCCAGAAGAGCAAGACAAUGUUUGAAAUUGGGAUGUGGGGUAAUCAAGUUGGAGACGAAGGCGCAAAGGCGUUCGCAGAGGCCCUGAGGAACCACCCCACGUUAACGAACGUGAGUCUCGCAUUCAAUGGCAUCACAUCAGAGGGAGGCAAAAGUAUUGCUGAAGCCAUGCAGCACAACAACUCCGUGAAAAUAUUCUGGUUGACAAAAAAUGAGCUGGAUGAUGAGGCAGCAAUGAGUUUUGCAGAGAUGCUGAAGGUCAACAAGAAACUGGUGCACUUAUGGCUUAUCCAGAAUCAAAUUACAGCCAAAGGGGUGAAGUACCUCAGCGAAGCUCUCAAGGAGAACACGGCUAUUAAAGAAGUCUGUUUGAAUGGCAACCUGAUAAGCCAAGAAGAAGCCAAAGCUUUUGAAAAUGAAGAGCGGAUCAUUUGCUUCUGAGUGAGGACAUUGCCAUUUUGACAAGCUUCGUGUUGCAAAGACUACUCCUACACUUGGACUACGGAGUUUAUAAAGGCAUAAACCAGCAGUACUCAUGGCUGGAGAGGGAGAGACAUGAUUAGCUGUGUUUUUAUGAAAAAAGCUCUCCUCUCUCGGCUCCAUCCCUUAUCCUGCUCGCUAUUCUUAAUCCUUUUGGUGAGUGGGAAGUUGCCUUGGUAAAUAAUUUAUGUCUGCAUGGUGCUUUGAAGAUGAAACACAAGUGCUAACAGACCAACUCCAGGAGCAGGUAUAUGGAUUUGGGUAACUGAGUUUAGAUUAAUUCUGUACACUGAUGUAAAUAAUCUCUAAUUUAUUUAUACACACGCGUACACGAGAAGGGGUGCAAGAUGCGCAGACUCCACAAGCUCACGGUAUUAUCUGCUUCAUAACCGAAAACGGUGGUCUUACUGGAAACAUAAACGGCCUGCACGGUACCGAUGCUAUCAACAUGAAUCCUUUUCUCCUGCCUAGAAACGAGGCCUGCAUUUUCCCCCUGGAAAACAGUGGCUGUGGGCACCAUGUUUUCUUUUUUUUUGAUAAAUGGAUACAUGAGAUUCAGAUUACCUUCAAUAAUAUAUAUAUUUUUUCCAUAUCGAAACCAAUACAUGUUCUUUUACACAAGCAGAAAACCUUACUACCGUCACUGUCGAAUUACAAUACUGGCAGUAAAACACUUUUCCAUAAAAUUUCCUGAGGGCUGCAUAGAAACUGCCACCUCCUGCUUUCACAGUAUUUGUUCUGGGGAGAGGGUCUGGAGAUAAAUGUGAAAAAUUAAUUAGCAGGCUGUUCAUUGCCUUGGCGCUUGGCCUAGACGCUGUGCCGGUGGCAAUACACCAAUAUGAAGUUGCCUAGCUUCAGGGGGGAGAAAGGACAAUUGAAAAUCAAUUGCGUCAAGUGGAAAUCCCUUCUCCCAGCAACAUGUAAGCACAAAAAAGCACCGAGAUUUGCUUGGAAACCUUUCAUCCUAUGCUUCAACUAGUGCAAACCACAAGGCAAGGUGCACGCAGCAAUGAUAAGGACCAGCAAGAAAACACUAUCCCCUUCCAAAGUAAUUAGCAUUUACAGAAUGUUACUCUAGAAAGCCUUAAAAGAAACCAGUUUACAGAGAAGCAGGGUGCUUGAUAUUUGUUUAUUGGUGCAAAUGAGGCAUUCUUCAUAAGGGGAAUCUUGAAUUCUACCUUACACUGCGUACAAAGAACCAAAAAUGGAAAAGCAUGAUCCAGCUUCCUUCUGCCAUGCUUCUGUCCCCCCUAAAACUUUGAGAAACGCUUCUCCAGUUGCUGACUAACCCACAAAACUUGUUGACUAACCAAAAAAAAAGGCUUUCUCUGUAGGUUUUCUCCUUUUCCUGCUUGGAAGCGCACCAUCACCAGUCCUCAGUUCUGUCUGCUCUUUCCAGCUCGCUAACAUAUUUUACAAUACUCAUAAAGCUUCUCACAAAAUCAGCAUUUUU